GAAACACCAAAUACCGAACACUGAGAAAGACAUUGCAUACGAUCUUACCACACAACAACAGUCUAACAUACAAUAAUACUUUACCAUCAACUAUAGUAAGAAAUCAGCAUGUAUUUCCCAAAAGCUGCCAUCACUGCCAUCUUGGCCUCCACCUUAGUACAAGGUGUACCAACCGAAAAACGCUGCGACACAUGUGGUCUUUCCGACAAAGAAUCCAAGAUUGAAGAACGUGGUUUUCCAAAGUUGCCGAUUAUCCGUCCAUUCAAAACGCGAUUCAGACCCUUGAAAGAUUUUUGUGACAAAUGUCCACCAAGGGAAUUUUUCGAAGCUGGCGGGGCUGGACAUGGCAUGACUCCAGAGGGAAUGAUGGGAGAAUUUGUUACUGGCCUCUGCAAUGAUCAUUGUGGAACUGCCUAUAACCAAUCUGAACCCAACGUUCUCCACUAUGAUGUUUUAAUUUCUCCAACUGAUGCAAAUGCCAUCUUGCCAGAAGUAAUCACUUCUAAAGUUGAAUCAAAUGCCAUCGAACCUGAAGUUACUGCUUCCAAAUCUGCAAGCCAAGAGGAUCAUGAGAACAAGUCAGAUGAGAACAAAAACAAGAAACAUACUAUCCGAUUCGAAGCUGAUGAUAUCAUUGAGUUCAAGGGUACAGAGGAGGGAACUUGCACUACCGAAGGCAUGUUCAACUGCAUUUCUGGAACAUCGUUCCAGCAAUGUGCCAGCGGAGGCUGGAGUGCUGUUCAAAACAUGGCUGAAGGAACUGUUUGUUUAGCUGGACAAGCGUAUGAUUUGAACACCGUGGCAGUCAAAAAGAGAACGGCGGAGGCCCAGGACAUCCAGAAUUUCACUUCAGAUGAAAUGGAGAUCAAGAAAGAGCAAAAGCCUGCUGAAAAGAGAGUGUGGAUCCAAAUUUUUCACUGGAAUUUUGGCCAACCCGCACCGGCAAAGCAACUUUCUCCAAAGGAGAAGGAAGUACAGGAAAUUGCAGCAAAAAUAAAGCACGACAAAGAAUUUCAUCAAUACGGCGGACAUGGAGAUCUCAAAAAGGAAGCUGAGGAGAAGAAAGCUGAGAAAGAGAAGGAAUCCCAUGCUUUCUCACAAUUUGGAACCAAGGAGGAUGGAGAAAAUCAGGAAUAAUCUAGAGCAAGACAUACGAGGUUCUGGAUGCUCUGGAGUUGGAAGAUUUGUUCAAUAUAUUUGCUGGGACUUGCUUUGUAAUUUUUGUGUGGAUAUGAUACUACAUAUAGCGGGUGGUGAUCUCACAUAGGCGUAAUGUAACUUGAUCUAAUUGAAUCUAGGAAAUUGUACA